AUGCAAACAAAUCCUAAUUGUCCAUAACCAGAGGCUUAAUAUUUAGAUAAUUAUGAAAAUUUUGAAGAAGUAACCAAAACGUUUAAAUGUCUUCAAAAUGUUCAUCAGCCACUUGAACCAGAAGCAACUUACUUUUUGAUACGUGCUCCAACUAAAGAUAAUGUUCAUCGUGCCAUCAAAUACGGAAUUUGGACUAGGUAGAUAUGCAAAAAAUUUCUUAGUUCGAGUCGUAAUAAUUAGAAAUUAAAUGAUGCAUCUCGUCCGCUUUAUUUAUUAUUUAAUGUUACUCAAACAUCUCAUUUUAUUGGAAUGGCUAAAAUUGUCAGUAAUUUUAGAGAAACUAAGCAUUUCAUGUAUUGGGCAGAGGAGAAUAAAUGGUUUGGGUCUUUUCAAAUUGAAUGGGUUUUUGUAAGGGAUUUACCAUACAAUGAAUUAAGUUCAAUUCAAUAAUCAGAUGGCAAAUGCAUUCAUGAAUUAAUUGACUGUACUUAAAUUGAAAAUGGUGAUUUAAUUUAUUCUGCCUUCGAAAAACAACCCUAAAAAAGUUGCAUGUUGAAGUCUUUCAAAGAAUUGGAUAAUUCAGAAAAAAGAAAGAGAAAUGAAAGAGACUCCAAUUCAAAUUUUGCUAUUUAGUUUUAAGAAUAUAUCAGUGUCUUUGAAACAAUGCCGUUCACCUUCUCUGUAGCUUCUUAUUAAAGAAGAAAACAGUAAUAGUUUUAAAAUCAAUAUUAUUAAUAAUGUGCUUAUUAUUACUAAAGUCCUUGGAGUGGAGUUGCCUAACCUUCAUUUUGGAAUUAAUAACAGCUAUAAUAAUAACCCUUACAAAUAUAGUAAUAAUAACAAUAAUAAUAGUAAUAAUCGUAAUAAUCCUUGAAUAAUCCUGGGUUUUAUUAAACUUCCAAUUACAAUAGACCUCAAGCAUAAAAUCAAUAAAACAAUAAACAACCCAAGAAAUUAUUAAAUCAUAAAAAUAAUAAUUAACAGAGUCCAAAAAAAUAAUGA